AUGAGCACGGCACAUAACGAUGAUAUGAACCCAUUUCAGAUUCCGGAUGACGAGCGUAGUGUGACCAACCCAUCCGCACCGACGCAAGCAUCAACAGCAUCCUCGCAUUCAUCCUCGAACACUGGCGAUCAAGAUGCUCAUGUUCCUGAAGAUGACGAUGAGCAAGGCUGGACAGGUUCUUCCUCUCGUGCGCAAAUCAACGCUGCAGCAGAUGCAUCUUCCAACAUCAAUCCCGCUUCUUUGCCUGCUUCGAUCCAACGCGCCACGCUAGCGUCGCCACCGUCGAUCAUCGAAAUUGUAGAUGCGCAAAAGUCGAGCGAUGGCGGCUCGUCUUUCAUCGUGUACGUCAUUCAAAACGGCGCCACGGAAGCCAAGAGGCGAUACUCGGAGUUCGAGGCGUUACGCGAGGCACUCGUCCGAUUGCAUCCCACCAUUAUCAUCGCGCCCAUUCCGUCCAAGCAUACCCUCAGUGACUACGCAGCCAAGCAGAGCAAGGCAAAAGAAGAUGCCACCAUCAUCGCGCGUCGCAAACGCAUGCUCCAGAGCUUUCUGCGCAGAUGCGAUAACCAUCCCAAGCUUCGAGGCGAUGAAGUGCUUCAGAAAUUCCUCGAUGGACGCUAUCACUGGAACGAUAUCACCGCUUCGCCUCCUCUAUCUCACUUGCCCAAGAACAAUCUGCGUGCUCCCGUACAGAACCCAGCUGAUCCACAUGCAAGCCCUGCGUACGCUCACCUACCGUUGCCCUCCUCGGUGUCUUCGCUGCGACAUCCGAAUCAGCGCUUUAUCGAUUCGGAAGCUUUUACAAAUCGAUUCACCAACCACCUCUCCGGAAGCAUGGAAAAGGUGAAUCGUCGUCUCAUGCGACGUUGGACCGAGACCUCGACCGACUAUGCCGAGCUUGGUGCCAUCCUCAACGGUUUCUCGCUCACCGAGUCUGGGCAGCUUGCUACCGCUAUCGAGCGUACAGGUCAGGCCGCGGAUGCCGCCUACAUUGCCACUGGCCAAAUGCUCAAGCAGUGGGAAGAAAAAUUCACAGAGCCUCUGCACGAGUAUACACAGUUUGCUGCUAUCCUGCAGAAGCUGCUCAAAUGGCGCCAUCUCAAACAUCUACAGUACGAGCUGGCACAAGACGCUCUCGAGGCGAAAAAGACGCAGCUGGAAGAGCUUGAGCGGGUGGAGAACGAGGCAAAGCGUUUGGAAGAAGCUUUGGAGCGCGGUGGAGCAGGCUUGGUCAACGGCGGUGGACGUGUGACGGGUGGUGGCAUCGAUGCGAAUGGUAUUCGGGAUGGGGUGGGAUCUGGCUUUCGCCCUACGGCUUCUGUGUACGGACGCGCAAGCGGUGAAGAGGGUGACGGUGCCAAUGGUAGUAGCACAAAAGCAAGCGGCAGCGGCAAGAGCAACGGCGAUGCUGCUAAUUCUACAUCGGAAGCGAAUGGGGCCAACAACGUAAGAUCACGGGCAACGUCGCCACCUUCGUCUCCGUCAAAACGCUCCUCAUCGCGGUCUACUGGCUAUGGUCUUUUGGGCGCCAUCACACACACGUUCCAAAGCGUCAUGGAUGUGGACCGCGAUGCAUCACGUCGUAGCACCAUCUCCAAGCUUCGAGAAGACAUUACUCUGCUCGAAGAAGGUCUCACGCUCACCGCCAACGAUCUGCACUACGCCACGGCUGCAAUUCAGGCCGACCUGGAUCGAUUUCAACGCCAAAAAGUGAGCGAUCUGAAGGACAUGAUGCUCGACUUUGCCAAGAUGCACCGUGAGUUUGCUCAGACCAACCUGGACAACUGGAAGGAGGCCAAGAAAGAGAUUGAUGCAGUGGAGAAGCCGGCAGGGAUGCCAGAAAGCAGUUUAACCAGAAGAGAGAGGGAAGGCGUGAGCACACCUGGAGCUGGGAUGGGGAGGAGAUCGUAG